AUGUCAGCAAUUUGCGUUUUUUUAACCCAAUCAAAUUGGAUAAUGGUUGACUCAAGUUUUGGUUAGGGUUUCGCCAAUAAUUCAUGGAUUCUCUCACAAUAUUGUGAUCCUUUAUCUAAUUUAGUGAGCAUGGAUUAAAAUUUAACUUGUUCAAAUAAUUUAAUCAAAUAUGUUCGCCUUAAAAAAGAUAAUUAGAGGAUGGAUAAGGUUAUUCAAAUAAAAAGCUUUCAAUCUCAAGUAAUAGUGGAUAUUUUUUUUGAUGAUCGUAAUUCUGCUUCAGAUAGAAAAGCUUAUUUUACCUUAAACUACACUGUAAGCGCAACUGAAAAAUAUAAAAUGCAAUUUAGGGAUUAUUUCAGAAAUGAUCUAACUCAAAACUCAAGGAGGAUAUGUAAUAGUACAGGAUCAGGAAAUUUUGAUUUUAUGACAUAUGUUGGUACAUCACCAAUUUCAUAUCAAGAAAAAUUUAACAUUACAAUAGGUAUUGAGAGUUAAGAUGAUUUGUAAUUGCUUGGAGUUCGAAAUGUGUUUGUUUAUGUGAAAUUUUGUUAAUAAACUUGUAAGACAUGCUCAAAUUCUAUAAGUUGUGACACAUGUUAUUCUGGUACUCUACAGGCUAAUGGGUUUUGUCUUUGUGACCCUGCACAUUAAUUUGCUGAAGUUGGUGUUGGAUGCAGAUCAGAAUGUAAAAGGGACUACUUUAUAGCAAGGUCAGAUAAUGUUUGUGUUCCUGAUAGAAGAAUUAAAUCUUUUUUUACAUUUUUUAACUCUACUUUCAGUUCAUAUUCUCCUUUUUAAUUCGUUCCUGAUUCUACUAAUAUAAGAAUCUCUCCUUCAUUAAUUAUUGCUUAUUGCUCAAAUAAUUAUGUUGGAAGUCUUCAUUAUAGUGAGGGAAUGAGUUUUUAGCUUGCAGAUUAAUAAAAUAUAAAAUUUAUCAGACUUAGGGUUACUUUUUUUAUAAUAGGCUUCUUAACUAACAGUAGAAUAUAAAUAAUUUUGGAUGACUAAGUAUAAGGUGAAAUAAUCAAAUCUUUGUCGAUAUUUGAUUUCAAUUAAAUUAGAAAGAUUUACAGUUCAAGCACCAUUUGUUCUAAUUAUGAAAUUUUAAGGAUAGAAGCAAUACUUAGAACAUAUUCUUCCACUCCAAAACUAAUUCUAAAGGGAAACUAAUUAUCCUCUAUUACCGAAGGAUGGGGAUUCAGAAAUGUAACAAUUGAUACUGGUAAUUGCAAAGAAAAUUGUGCAGUUUGCUCUGAUUUUUCAACAUGCUAAUAAUGUGAGACAAAUUAUGUUCUAUUUUAAAAUGGAUGUGUUAGUUCUUGUCCUGUGCAUUCAUCUAAUUGUAUUGACUAUGAAGAUAUGAUGCCAUGUAUUUUAUUAAUUAAAUAAAUUAGUCUCCAGAUAUUUAGCUAAAGGAUUUUAUAAUCUUAAUAUGACUACAGAUGAUAUAAAUAAAUUUUAUUCUGAAACAAUCCCAACUGGGAAUAAUUUCUUAACAGGAUAAAAGUUUUCAAUAUUUCCAACUAAAUUUGUUUUAGGAGGAGUAAUGGUAUGGAAUAACGCUGUAUAUAAAAAAUCAUGGGUCAUAUCUAAACCACACUAUGCUGUGACAAUAAGAUUUAAUGUAACUUAUGGAGAUUUAUAUACAGGAAAUUUUUAUUAUUCAAUAUAAAGUGUAAAAUCGAUUGCUCAUCCAAUCCCUGCAUCAGGAGGUUAAAACAUUAUUGGUAAGAGUUCAGAUGAAAGGACUAAAUAUUUUGAAAUAUUUUAGAAUCCAUUUUUAUCAUCUUAACUUGAUAUUGAGUUAUAAUGUACAGAUACUGCUGUUAAUCCUAUAGAUUAAUUUUGUGCCCUUUCAGAUUACUUUAUCGUUGUUCAUUAUGUAAAUCUUUAAAAAUUAUUAUUAGUGUCUUCCGUUUUGUGAAAAUUGCAAUGAUGGUACUUCAUGUAAUACUUGGGAAUCUGGAUAUAUAAAUUCAAAUUGUUUAUCGAAUUAAUUUUUAAAUUUUGAUCUUACCACAGAAACUUAUAAUUGCAUAACAUGCAAUUAAGUCGGUUGUUUAGCAUGUAAAAACUUAGAAGAAUGCAUUACUUGUGAUUCAUCUAGUCAAUAUAAUACUCUUAAAAAUGGUGUUUGCUUAUCAAUAAAUCCUCCAUAAAAUCCUAAUCCAAAUCCUAAUCCAACGAUUGAGUGUAAUAUCUAUUGUGAAACAUGCACAGGAACUUUAAUUAAUAAUUGCUUAACAUGUGUUUCAGACUUUCAUCGAUCAUUAUAAAAUAAUUAAUGCUAAUGUUAAUCUGGAUUCUCUGAUGAUGGAAUUAAUCUAUAUUGUCUUCCUAUUUGUGGUGAUUUGUUUAUAGUAGAGGGAGAAGAUUGUGACGAUGGUAAUAAUAAUCCAUAUGAUGGAUGUCAUAAUUGUAAAUUAGGUUGUGAUACAUUUUGUAAUUAGUGUUUAUCAGGAUUUUGUAUCGAUUGUUAAAGAGGUUUCUAAAUGAUAAAUAAUUAAUGCUUUGGAAUUUGUGGGGAUAAUCUUUUAGUGGAUAGUGAGGAAUGUGAAGAUAAUAAUGAUAUUCCUAAUGAUGGAUGUUAUAACUGUAAAUUCUAAUGCCCCAAUAAUUGUAUUGAUUGUUAAUAUAACAAAUGUAUGGAAUGUGAUGAAUAGAAUGGAUGGUAUCUAAAUAAUAACAAUUGUGUACCGAUCUGUGGUGAUGGUAUAAUUGCCAUCUAAUAUGAAUAAUGUGAUGAAAAGUGCUAGACUGAAGGGAAAUGUCAUUUUUGUUAUUUCUUAGGGGUUUAAAAUUGUUCUAAACACAAUAUGGGUAUCUGUUUGGAAUGUUAUCAUGGUUAUAACCUAAUAAAAUUAACAAAUUCUUGCAUUUUUAAUUUAAACUUUAGUAACUCGAUAGAUAUAAACGAUAACAAAAACCUAAUAUUUUAAGAGCCUCUUUGUGGUGACGGAAUCUUGAAUGAAGAUUAUGAGGAAUGUGAUGAUUUAAAUGACACAUUUUGCUUUUAAUGUUUCUUUAAUUGCCAAAAUUCUUGUUCUACAUGCUAUAAUGGAAAGUGUUAUCAAUGUAAUUAAGGAUGGAUUUUAAAUAUUUUUGAAAGAAUUUGUUAUCCAAUAUAAGGAGAUAAAUUAAUAGUAGGAAAUGAACAAUGUGACGAUGGCAACUAAAUUGAAUAAGAUGGAUGUUUUUNAAAAUUGCAAUGAUGGUACUUCAUGUAAUACUUGGGAAUCUGGAUAUAUAAAUUCAAAUUGUUUAUCGAAUUAAUUUUUAAAUUUUGAUCUUACCACAGAAACUUAUAAUUGCAUAACAUGCAAUUAAGUCGGUUGUUUAGCAUGUAAAAACUUAGAAGAAUGCAUUACUUGUGAUUCAUCUAGUCAAUAUAAUACUUUAAUAAAUGGUGUUUGCUUAUCAAUAAAUCCCACAGAAAUUCCUAAUACAAAUCCAACAAUUUAAUGUAAUAUCUAUUGUGAAACAUGCACAGAGACUUAAAAUAGUAAUUGUUUAACAUGUGUUUCUGAUUUUCAUCGAUAAUUAUAAAAUGGUUAAUGUUUAUGUUAAUUAGGAUUCUAUGAUGAUAGAAUUAAUUUAUAUUGUCUUCCUUUUUGUGGUGAUUUUUUUAUAGUAGAAGGAGAAGAUCGUGAUGAUGGUUAUAAUGAUCCAUUUGAUGGAUGUCACAAUUGUAAAUUAGGUUGUGGUCCUUUUUGCAAAGAGUGCAUAUAAGGAUUUUGUUAUGAAUGCUAAAACGGAUUCUAUAUGGUAAUGAAUUAAUGUGUUAGUAUUUGCGAAGAUAAUAUUUUAGUAAAAUAUGAAGAAUGUGAGGAUAACCAUUGGAUUACUUAUAAUGGAUGCUAUAAUUGUAGUUUUUCCUGCUCUAAUAACUGUAUUGAUUGCUAAUUUAACAAAUGUAUUCAAUGCGAUGAAAUUAAUUGUUGGUACUUAUAGAGUAACUCUUACUUGCCCUUCAAUGGAGAUGGUAUAAAUGCAAUAUAAUUUUAAUAAUGUGAGGAUUCAAAUUUAAAUGCCUUAGAUGGAUGCUUCUAAAAUAAUUUUGAUUGUCCUUAGUUUUGUUUAACAUGUGUUACAGGAUAUUGUUUAGAAUGCGAUAAGAACUCAGGAUUUGGAUAACUUGAUAGAUUUAACAAUAAAUGCUUGUCUUUUUGUGGAGAUGGUGUAAAAUCAAUGGAAGAAGAUUGCGAUGAUGGUAAUUAAAUUCCUAAUGAUGGUUGUUUCUAAUGCCAAUAAUCAUGCAAUUAAAAUUGUACAGAUUGUUAAAGGGGAAUUUGUAAUUAAUGCGAAGUUGGGUAUUAUUUAAAUAGAGUAAAAAAUACUUGUUUUAGCAUUUGUGGUGAUGGAAUAUUGGUUAAUACCGAAGAAUGUGAUAAUGGAAACAUUCAAGUUUAAUAGAGAUGUGAGGGCUGUUCAAUAGAAUGCCAGAAUGAAUGUUUAAGUUGUUUUUAAGGGUAAUGCUACUUGUGUGAAUAGAUAGGAUGGGAUCUUGAUUUAGUAUCUAGAGAAUGUAAAUCUAUUUGUGGAGACGGUAUAGUCGUUGGAAAUGAAUAAUGUGAUGAUAGUAAUGAAAUUGAUUAAGAUGGAUGUUUUUAAUGCUAAUUUCAAUGCUAAUCUUAAUGUACUGAUUGUAGAUCUGGUAUAUGCUAUAACUGUGAAAUUUAAGGUUGGCAUUUAAAUAAUCAUAAGUGUGAGCCAGUUUGUGGUGAUGGCUUAAUUAUUACAGAUUUAGAGGAAUGCGAUGAUGGGAAUUUAUUAGAAAAAGAUGGUUGCUUUCAAUGUAAAUUAGAAUGUUAAGAAAUGUGUACAUCAUGUAGAUAGGGAAUUUGUUUUGAAUGUGAUAAGUUAGGCUGGACUAUUAAAAACAAUAAUUGCGAACCAUUUUGUGGAGAUGGUCUUAUUACAGCUUUCGAACAAUGUGAUGAUAUGAAUAACAAUGAAAACGAUGGUUGUCAUUAAUGUUAAUUUAAAUGCGAUUAAUAUUGCAUUGAUUGCCAAUCAAACAUCUGUUAAUAAUGCAUUAAGGGUCGACAUAUAUCUAAGAAUUCUUGUAUAGCUUUUUGUGGGGAUGGCAUUGUAUUAGAUAAUGAACAGUGUGACGAUUAAAAUAUAAUCCCAUAUGAUGGAUGCUAUGAAUGCAAAUACUAAUGUGAUAAAAUGUGUAACAUUUGUGAAAAAGGAGUAUGCUUAGAGUGUUAAAUUGGUUAUUAUUUAAAUGAAUAUAAAUGUAUAACUAAAUGUGGAGAUGGUAUUAAGGUUGGAGAUGAAUAAUGUGAUGAUUAAAAUGAAUAUCAAAGAGAUGGGUGUACUUCUUGUAUCAUUGAUCCUCAAUAUUAAUGCGAAGAAAAAAUAAAUUUAUAAAGUUUUUGUUAUUAAUGCCAAGAAAAUUGUGAAGAAUGCAAAUAUGAUUCUAUUAGAGUUAAAUGUUUAAGAUGCAAAAAAGGGUAUUUUCUCAAAGACAAUACAUGCAAUUUAUGUUCUUAAAAAUGUGAGGAGUGCGAAAAUACUCCAAAUAAUUGUUCAAAAUGUUUAAUAGAUGGAUGUAUAUAAUGUGAUAAUUUAUCUGGGUUUUAUUUUGAUCAAAAAGUUAGAUAAUGUAUUACUUUAUGUGGAGACAAUAUAAAGGCUGGUAAUGAAUAAUGUGACGAUGGUAAUAGAAUUGAUUAAGAUGGAUGCAAUUAAAAGUGUGAGAUUGAAAAAGACUUUGUUUGUAAUGGUAGUUCUUGUUAUAUUUCACCAUAGAAAUUAAUUAAUUUAGCUUAUACCAAUUCAACAACUACAAAUGAUUUUGACUUGAUUUUUGAAAAUCUUGACUAAGAUGAUGUUUGUGAUAAAUUGAGCAUUUAGAUUGAACAAUUUUAAUCUAAUGAGUUCAAAUAUGAAAUUUAGAAUAAAAAAAAUUUGACAAAAGUAUAGAGAGGUUGCGAAAUCAAAUUUCAAUUUUUCAAAACUUUGUUAGAGUCAAAUCUUAUACAUGUGAUAAUAUCUUAAAAGAAAAAUGCUUUUAGAAAUCUUUAAGAAGAAACAAGAGAAAUCAUAAUUAAACCUAGAAAAUUGAUUUACUAUAAUUCAGAUUAAAUAGCUUAAGCUCAAACCGUUGUAGCAAUUUAUUCUUCAUUUAAUUUUUUUCUCUAACUUAUUGGACCAUUGACAAUUGUUCUUGGAGGUUUCAAUAUAUUUUGGACAAUUUUAGAUAUUUUGACUUGGAUUAACAACUUUUAUUUUAUAAAUGUGGAUUAUCCUUUAAAUGUAAAAUUAUUUUUUAAUUACUUUUAAUGGAGUGAUAUUUUCAAUAUACCAGAUGCUUUUGAAUUAAAUUUACCAGAAGAUCCUUAUUAUUUUGAAGCCCCUCGAAAAUUUACUGAAAAAGAAAUUAAUCCAUUAUUUUUAAAUAACAUUUAGUUAUUUGGCUACUUAAUCAUUCUUGCAAUAAUUACAUACAUAUUUUCAAUAUGCUUAAUAUCUAUAAUUUAAAAGAAGUAUCAAUUUAAUGUUGUUAAAAAACACCAAAUAGAAAUUUUUUCUGUUGGUAAAAUUUACUAAAAGGUUCCAGAAAUAAAAUCAUAAAUAUAAGAAAUAAAUAGAUUUCACUAAAAUUUAAAAUAAUUACCUUACUUAAUUAAUUUUGCCUAUAAAGAAAUGUUAUCCUUUAAACAAAAUUUUAAAGAUAAAUUGCUAUAGAUAAUUAACUUAGUAUUUUUGGAUAUUUGCAUGGCAUGUAUUCUUUAAUUAUAACUUUAAAGCAACUCAGAUUAUGCUAUUAUUAAAAUUAAUCUUUUAUUGGCUGUUUCAGGGGUUUUAUUCAUAAUAAUUAUUUUGAAAUUAUAUUCUUUUGUUUGUUCUUAACACCAAAUUUUAUAUGAGACAAAAAUAUUUUAGAAUUCUUAUUCUUCAUUAUAUGAAGGCAUCAAUACAAAAAACAUUUUAGCUAGAAAUUAUUGUUACAUCAAUUUAAUAAGAAAAGCAAUGUUCAUAUUCUUUACUGUAUAUUUUUAUGAAAUCCCUUUGUUAUAAACAUCUUUGUGCUGUUUGACAUGUUUCUUAAACUUAGCUUUAAUUCUAUAUUAAAAUCCAUUCGAAAAUAGAAGUAUUCUCAUAUAAUCCGCAGUACCUGAUUGUUGUAUAUUUACAAUCAUUUCGUUGACUGUUUUAUUAGCUGUCCAUGACAUAUGCUAAAUAUUAACUUUUGACUAAAAGUAUUUGAUUGGAUGGGUUAUUUUAUUUUUCACUGGAUUUUCAAUAUUUAUUUAGUUGAUCUUUUUGUUUCAAUAAUUUUGUCUUAAUUUAAAAAUGAGAUUUAUGCAACUAAUUAAUCUAAUCUGUAAGAAAACUAAAUAAAUUGAGUGA